AUGGCGGCGUCGGAUGGGGCAUCAUCGAUCAGCGUAGCCAUCCGGGUUAGACCAUUUACAGUCAGAGAGGCAGCGCAGCUUGCGCAAGUUCCUGACGGACCUCUAUUCCUCGGCGACGGAUCGCUUACCGCUCAAACACCAUCAUUAAAGACUAAAGGCAUAAGGCCAAUUCUCAAGGUUGUGGAUGAUAAAUGCUUAGUUUUCGAUCCUCCAGACGAACAUGCAGUGCAAAAGAGCGCCAGGUUUACCAGUAACGGCAAACGAGCAAAAGAUCAGACAUUCGGCUUCGAUAGAGUCUUUGAUGAGAAUGCGACACAGGCAGAUGUAUAUGAAGCGACGACAAGGAAUUUACUAGAUAGCGUGUUAGACGGCUACAAUGCCACCGUCUUUGCCUAUGGCGCAACAGGCUGUGGGAAGACGCACACAAUCACAGGCACAGUGCAGGCACCAGGUGUCAUUUUUUUGACCAUGCAAGAGCUAUUUGAGAGAAUUGGGGAACGGUCUGAUGAGAAAGUCACAGAGAUCUCGCUUUCGUACCUUGAAAUAUAUAAUGAGACCAUUCGAGACUUGCUGGUGCCGGGAGGGAGCAAGCAGGGUCUGAUGCUUCGAGAAGACGCUCAUCAAGCAGUGUCAGUGGCAGGUCUGUCAAGUCAUCGACCCCAGAACGUACAAGAAGUCAUGGACAUAAUCGUGCGAGGUAACGAAUAUCGAACAAUGUCACCAACCGACGCAAACGCUACCUCUUCUAGAUCGCACGCAGUACUGCAAAUCAACAUUGCGCAAAAAGAUAGGAACGCCGACAUUAAUGAGCCUCAUACUAUGGCUACUCUCAGCAUCAUCGACUUAGCAGGGAGUGAGAGAGCGAGUGCAACCAAGAACAGAGGCGAACGAUUACAGGAGGGUGCAAAUAUUAAUAAAUCUCUACUUGCCUUGGGAAGCUGCAUAAAUGCGCUAUGCGAUCCAAGAAAACGAAAUCACAUCCCAUAUCGAAACUCCAAGCUCACUCGACUCCUUAAGUUUUCUCUUGGUGGAAAUUGCAAGACGGUGAUGAUUGUUUGCAUCAGCCCAUCGAGCGUGCAUUUCGAUGAAACUCAGAACACUCUUCGAUAUGCAAAUCGAGCUAAAAAUAUCCAGACAAAGGUCACGCGGAACGUAUACAACGUCAAUAGACAUGUCAAAGAUUUUGUGAUCAAGAUUGAUGAGCAGAUGGCGCUGAUCAACGAAUUGAAGGAGCAGCUUAGAGACCAUGAAGGUGUAUCUUUCAGUAAAUUCUCUCGAUCGCAAGAGAAACGAGAAGUAGUUACACGAGAAGCUGUAGCAAGAAUACGAAAAGCAUACGACGAUUCAGAGAAGGAGCGUUCAGAAAAGACUACUCAGAUGAAGAAACUGCGGCAAAUCGAGAAAAGGAUUGUAAUAAUCUCUGGAUGGGUUGCCGCUUUCGAUCAGAUCAACGACAGCCUCGAGGAGACAGAUGCCCUUCAGAACUGUUCGGCAAUGAGGAAGACAGCUCAAGGAAUUCUUUUGGAAUUGGAGAACAGCAGACACCACUAUCAUCAACGUAUAGCAAAGAAUAAUUGGGAAAGGUCGAUGGAUUCGGCCUUACAGAAUGGGAUCCGACAACUGAAAGAAGUUGAUGCAAAGAUCGACGCAAUAGAUGCAUCCUGCCUUGGUCAGCAGUUUGAACUGCUCAAGGGACAGGCAGAACGAGAAGCCUUACUUGCAGUAGCAGAAGAUGAGAAAACUAGUGAAGCCGGCCUUGUGCAGGUCUUACUCCAAGCGCACUUUGAGACAAUGGCGGCUAUCCAAGACCUCUUAGCCAUGAGUGAGGAUGAAGCUGUCGAAGCGGCGAAGGGCAUUUUGGGCAAAUUGCUCAAAUCUUGCACGUCUGUGAUAUCGCAUGUCAUUAAGCCAGAUGGAAGUCUGAUGCCGAAUGAAGCGUUUCCGCCAAGUCAAAAAGGAACCCCAAAGCGUAAAAAGCAAUAUGCGAUUGGGGCCCCAUCACCUAUGAAAGCAAUGCUGCCCCCAGCAGUUACCAAAAUCGCUAGCUUCGAAUCACCCUCAAAAGCGUCUCCAAGGCGAAGGAAAGCCAUGGCAGCGAGGAAGGGUAUCUCCUUCACCCCGAAGAAAAAAUCUCCAGUCAAGAAUUCGAAACGCGGUGUCCGUUGGCGUGAUGAUACUGACGAAGGCACGCUAGCAGAAUUUGAAAAGACUCCUCAAAAGUUAGACUCAACCCCAGACACGUCUUCUGUAGAGCCAGCUGGAUCUGAGCCUUCACUAGCGUCGAUGCCAAAUGAUUCGAAUUCGUCGGCAACAAUGUCGGAUGAUGAUUCUCCUGUCCCUGCGCCACCAGUUGUUACAUCAGAGCCCAAGUCAAAGAAUAAUCGAUUCAAGACGGGUUUUCUAGCGAAGAGAACAGACGGCUCUCCUCUACCGCCAACACUGACACAAUUAUCUUCUGAUUCGGACACUUCACCGCUUAGAGAACUCACACCCCUGACAGCUGGAAAUCACUCCUCUCUACAGCAUGUACAGAAUGCGGCUGACAUCUCAGCGAGCGCAAACGUUGACAACUCCGGCUCGGAAAGUGAGGACCGAUGGAGAGCGAACAAAUCAGAUGCGAUGCAAAUCAAGAGCGCUAUGAAACGAGCAUCGAUGGCUGCUUCAGGUUCGGUUGGUGCAAAUCGUCAACGACGCAGAUCUCCCACAGGAUCCGCUUCAGGCAGUCCACCGCCUGAUACCCUCUUUACUGCUUCUCAUGCGCGAAGGAUGGUGAAGAGCGACAAGGAAAAUGAUUGGAAGACGAACAUACUCAGUCCACAUACGGCGCCUGUGGUCAAAUACUCGGGUAGUCGAAGGACGACCAUGGCAGGUGAGGGCCGAAUGAGAGAUUCUGCAGGUCCAGCGAAAGAUGCUGUUCGGCUGAGUGGCGCUAUGCUGCCUCCCUCAAGAGGCAGCCUGGUCACGACUGGGAAAGACUCCGCAAUCAUUCAUAUUCAUCAAGGAACCGCGCUCCUCACCACAUUCUCUCUCUUGACCCUCCUCCUCGCCACAUCAAUCAUGACAUCCACGAUGCCCAGCUUCCUCUCCCGCCUCCUCCGCCCCUUCACAACCUCCUCAAGCAUGUCCCUUCAACCCCCCUCCCAAGCCGCCGCGCCCAAAGACUUCCCGCCCAACGCCCAAAAAUGCACCGUAGCAGCCGGUUGUUUCUGGGGCGUCGAGCACCUCUUCCGCAAACACUUCGACAACAAAGGCCUCCUGGACGCCAAAGUCGGCUAUAUCGGCGGCGACAGCAACAGCCCUUCGUACCGAGCUGUAUGUUCUGGACGGACGGGUCAUGCCGAGGCGCUGCAGAUGGUGUUUGAUCCCGAGGUCGUGAGCUAUGCGACGCUGUUGCAGUUCUUUUAUAAGAUGCAUGAUCCGACGACGAAGAAUCGCCAGGGGAUGGAUAGUGGGACGCAGUAUCGCAGUGCGGUAUUUUGGCAUGGGGAGGCGCAAAAGAAGGAGGCGGAGGAGGUGCAAAGGAAGGUGGAUGAGCAGUGGUGGAAGGGGAAGGUCACGACGGAGAUUUUGGAGGCGGGGCAGUGGUGGGACGCUGAAGAUUAUCAUCAGCUGUACUUGCAUAAUAACCCAGGUGGAUACGAGUGUCCAGCUCAUUACGUUCGCUCUUUUCCGGAUUUGAAGUAA